CCGAGCUGAAUUAAAAACUCAGAUAAGUUGGUGAAGGCGACGUUGCGCGCUCUGGUCUCUUCGCUCCGGGAGCAAAACGAGUGGCCCUGCUGCGCUCCUCCUGCCGCCCCUCCAGACGCCCGGACCCGUCCCGCCACCUACACAAUGACAGCAGGCCCCGCAGAGACGCGGCCCCGCGAGUAAGGGGAGCACUCUGGCCGCCGUCGACGUCGUCGUCGUCCACCUCUCCCCGCUCCUCCUUAAUGACGUGCUAAUCAGCGAGCUUAACCCACUGGCUCGGGCGAGCGCCAGUGCCUUUGCUAGCGCACAGGCACAGCGGCGCACGGCGCGGGCGGGGCGGCAUUCGCGUGCGUCUCGCCGUCUCGUCACAUGGUGGUGAGGGUGGGCCGGUGGGGCUUGUACGCUAGCCAUUAAUACGGCAGGUCGCCCAUCCCAUCCCAUCGCGGCCGCCGCGCCCGCCGGUCUCCACCCCUCCCCCCACCCCCUGCUUAAAAUCCCGCGUCCCGGUCGCGCACCCCACUCCGCCUCCGCUCCCCGCUCGCCGCCGCGAUUGCUGGAUUGGCUGCCGCCAGCGCCCCGGUGCUAGCUCCCGUUCCUCGCGGUGGUCACUGGACUAGCCUGGACGCCGCGGCCCGCCGCCUGGUCGAAGAGAUGGACUCGGUCAUGGCCGCCCCCGACUCGCCGCCGCAGACUGUCGUGCUCGUCUCUGCCGGCGCCAGCCACUCCGUCGCGCUCCUCACGGGCAAUGUCCUGUGCUCGUGGGGCAGGGGCGAGGACGGGCAGCUCGGCCACGGCGACGCGGAGGACCGGCUCGUGCCCACGGUGCUUAGCGGCUUCGACGCGCCCGCGAUCACGUCCGUCAUCUGCGGCGCCGACCACACCACCGCCUACUCCGAGGACGAGCUGCAGGUCUACAGCUGGGGCUGGGGAGACUUUGGGAGGCUGGGGCACGGCAACUCCAGCGACGUCUUCACGCCCCAGCCUGUCAAGGCGCUGCAGGGGCUCAAGAUCAAACAGAUUGCCUGCGGGGACAGCCAUUGUCUUGCCGUCACCAUGGCCGGAGAAGUGCAGAGUUGGGGCCGUAACCAAAACGGACAGCUAGGCCUUGGAACCACUGAAGACUCGCUGCUCCCACAAAAGAUUCAGGCUUUUGAGAGUGUUUGCGUGAAAAUGAUUGCUGCCGGUGCCGAACAUACUGCUGCAGUAACUGAAGACGGUGACCUCUACGGAUGGGGUUGGGGUCGAUAUGGAAACUUAGGUCUUGGUGACCGUAAUGACCGUUUGCUUCCUGAAAAAGUAUCUUCUGUGGAGGGUGAGAAGAUGGUGCUUGUGGCAUGUGGAUGGCGCCAUACAAUUACGGUUUCUGACUCUGGUAAUCUGUACACUUAUGGUUGGAGCAAAUAUGGUCAGCUAGGGCAUGGUGAUUUUGAAGAUCAUUUAGUUCCACAUAAAGUAGAAGCUUUGAAAGAUAGCACUAUAUCCCAGAUUUCAGGCGGCUGGAGGCAUACGAUGGCACUUACAUCAGAGGGAAAGCUUUACGGAUGGGGAUGGAACAAGUUCGGACAAGUCGGAGUCGGCAACAACGACGACCACAGCUCCCCCGGACAAGUCAGUUUUCCAGAGGAUCAGAAAAUCUCCCAGGUUGCAUGCGGAUGGAGGCAUACUCUGGCCCUCUCCGAGAAGAAAAAUGUCUUCUCCUGGGGGAGGGGCACUAGCGGACAGCUCGGCAACGGUGAAAUAGUCGACAGGAACACGCCUGUGCUGAUCGAUGCCCUGAGCUCAGACGGUUCUGCCUGCAAGAAGCUGGAGUCAUCCACGGCAGCCCCAUUCGCAGCCAAAGUUUGGGUGUCGCCGUCAGAACGAUACGCCAUAGUCCCUGACGAGAACGUGAGUUCGAUCAGUUGACGCGCGUGUUGUCUGAACUCUGAAGCGAAUCGCUUAAACUGCAGCACUAGUCCGUAAAGCAGGCGGAGGCACGGCACGAGGCAACGGCGCCGACGCGAACGUGCCGGAGAACGACGUGAAGAGGAUGCGCGUGCAGUCGUCGUAGUAGGUCUUCUACUACCGUCCACUCCACCACCCCCCCGUUAACCCUACUAGUAGUAAGUACUACGAAGACGAACCGGUGCCCCAUCUAGCGGCGCCCGAUUUUUGUGCGUUACGUUCUGCCUAAAAGUGCUUUCCGUCGACGGACGGACCUCCUGGUGUUGAGAUGGUAGCGGUAGCACUGCCUCGCGGCGAUGGUGUGUGUCGUGACGUGAUUCACCUCUUAGAGUAGAGAGGUGGCUAGCCCAGUCGACCUGUGUUGUGUGUGUUGUUAAGAUGUGUCCUGGAUCUUUUGUGACAUUGCAUGGAGGGUACAAUAAGCGCUUCGUUUCUCGUUUCUU